AUCCGGAAACAUAUAACGGAUGUACAGAGAUGGAGACAAACGUCACAGAUAUCUGUAAAGGAAAGGCGAAGCCAGUGUUUGAGAAGUCAUUUGGUGAAAAAGCUUGUCAGAAAACCAUUGACCAAACAGCUUGCAAUGAGUAUAAAUCCAUGAAGAAGUGUAUCCAGAAUGGCGUCGGCGCACAUGCAAGCCUUUGGAAGGCGAGAUGGCCCCCGAACCUAUCAUGGUUGGAAUCAAGUGUUCACCAAAGAACUUCGAAGACUCAUGCAUGCCAAAGACAACGGGUCUAAAAACAUACCCAGGGUGUGCCGAGAACGAGGCCGUCGCCAUAAGUAAAUGUAAGAUGCAUUCCAAGCCAGUUUUCAUGAAGUCAUUUAACGAAACAUCUUGCGAUUCAAAAUUUACCGAAGAGGCUUGCAAUGAGUAUUAUGCCAUGAAGGCGUGUAUCAAGAGCGGUACCAGCGACACAUGCAAACCUUUGGAGGGCGAGAUGUACAACAAACCUAUCAUGGAAGGAAUCAAGUGUUCACCACAGACCUUCGAAGACUCAUGCAUGCUAAAGGAUACAUACACAGGAUGUACAGAUGAGGAGAGCACCACCAUAAAUACCUGCAAGGUGCAUGCUAAGCCAGUGUUCGUGAAGAUAUUUGGCAAAAUGUCAUGUAUUUCAAAAUUAACCGAACACACUUGCAAUGAGUAUAAAUCCAUGAGAGAUUGCAUCAAGAGCAGUACCAACGGCACUUGCAAACCUUUGGAAGGCGAGAUGGCCACCCAACCUAUCAUGGCAGGAAUCAAAUGUACACCAGAGAACUUCGAAGUCGGGUGCAUGUCACUGACGGACGAAGCAUACACAGGGUGUACAAGGAACGAGACCGCCGUCAUCAAUAGCUGUAAGAUACAUGCAAAGCCAGUUUUCAAGAAGGAAUUUGGUGAAAUGCCUUGUAAUUCAAAUCUUACCGACCUGGUUUGCAAUGAGUAUAAAGCCAUGAAGACGUGUAUCAAGAGCGGUACCAGCAACACAUGCAAGCCUUUGGAAGGAGACAGGGCCAUCCAUCCUAUCAUGUCGGGAAUUCAGUGUUCACCGAACAACUUCGAAGAUUCUUGCUUUCCAAAGAUGAAAGAAGUAUACAAAGGGUGUACAGAGAACGAGACCACCUUCAUAAAUAACUGUAAGAUGAAUUCCAAGCCAGUGUUCAAAGAGUCAUUUGGUGAAAGGUCUUGUGAAUCAAACCUUACCGGAAAGGUUUGCAUGGAGUAUGAAUCAAUGAAGGCGUGUAUCAAGAGACACACCAGCGAGGCAUGCAAACCUUUAGAAGGCGAGAUGGCCACACAUCCUAUCAUGACGGAAGUCGAUUGUUCACCGCAGACCUUCGAAGACACUUGCUUGCCAGAGAUGGGUUGUACAGAGAGCGAGAUCACUGACACAAAUAACUGCAAGAUGAAUGCGAAGCCAGUGUUCCAGAAGAGUUUUGGUGAUGCGCCUUGUAUAGAUUUUGCUCCAGAGGUUUGCCGCGAGUAUAAAUCCCUGAGCACAUGCAUUGCAAGCAAGACCAGCGCACAUGCAAACCUUUGGAAGGCAAGAUGGACACGAAACCUAUCAGUACGUACUGAAAUCUCACCAGGAUGA